AUGAAUUCAAUUGCACGUGGUCAAAAGAUCCCCAUCUUUUCUGCUUCUGGUCUACCUCACGAUGAAAUCGCCGCGCAAAUUUGUCGUCAAGCUGGUUUAGUCAAAUUACCGGGAAAAAGUGUUAUGGAUAGUGAUGUAGAUAAUUUUGCUAUUGUAUUUGCUGCUAUGGGUGUUAAUAUGGAAACUGCUCGAUUUUUCAUGCAAGAUUUUAAAGAAAAUGGUUCAAUGGAAAAUGUCUGCCUGUUUUUAAAUCUUGCAAAUGAUCCUACUAUUGAGCGUAUUAUAACACCGCGAAUUGCUUUGACAACAGCAGAAUAUUUAGCUUAUCAAUGUGAAAAACAUGUACUGGUUAUUCUAACUGAUAUGAGUUCAUAUGCAGAAGCAUUACGUGAGGUUUCAGCAGCUCGUGAAGAAGUGCCAGGUCGUCGUGGUUUUCCAGGUUAUAUGUACACUGAUUUAGCAUCGAUUUAUGAACGAGCUGGUCGUGUUGAAGGUCGAUCAGGAUCAAUUACACAAAUUCCAAUUUUAACUAUGCCUAACGAUGAUAUUACUCAUCCUAUACCAGAUUUAACAGGUUAUAUUACAGAAGGUCAAAUCUAUGUGGAUCGUCAAAUUCAUAAUAGACAGAUCUAUCCACCAAUUAAUGUAUUGCCGUCAUUGUCUCGUCUUAUGAAAUCGGCUAUCGGUGUUGGUAUGACGCGUGAAGAUCAUGCUGAUGUCUCUAAUCAGUUGUAUGCAUGUUAUGCAAUCGGUAAAGAUGUUCAAGCAAUGAAAGCUGUAGUCGGUGAAGAAGCUUUAAGUGCAGAAGAUCUACUCUAUCUGGAAUUUUUAACAAAAUUUGAGAAAAACUUUAUUACUCAAGGUGCAUAUGAAAAUCGUAGUAUAUUUGAUUCAUUAGACAUUGGUUGGGAAUUACUGCGUAUAUUCCCAAAAGAAUUAUUAAAACGUAUACCUGCAAAAAUAUUAGAAAAGUAUUAUCCACGUUAA